AUGUUGAAAUCCCUCAAACGUGGCGAAUCGUCUCUUAAAGUGGAUGUUUCUUCUCUAUCUUUGUCUUCGUGGCCUGCUAAGUCGUUCAGUAAGGACGGUCGAAUAAUUAGUGUUGGUGACUGUGCUCUCUUCAAAUCAUCACAAGAUCGCCCACCUUUUAUUGGAGUAAUUCGGAGUUUGUCACUUGGUAAAGAAAGUAAAUUGAAGUUAAGUGUUAAUUGGCUUUAUCGGUCUAUUGAAGUAAAACUCAGCAAAGCAGAGCCCUUGGAGGCUGCUCCCAACGAGGUUUUCUACUCCCUUCAUAAGAGUGAGAUUGAUGCUGAAUUGCUAAUCCAUCCCUGUAAAGUUGCAUUCCUUCCUAAAGACGUCAAACUUCCAGCAGGGAUUUCAUCAUUUGUGUGUAGGAGGGUUUAUGACACAUCGAAUAAGUGUUUACGAUGGCUAGAUGAUCAAGAGUAUCUUAAUGAAUGCCAAGUACAUAAGUUAGUAUAUAAGACUUGUGUAGAAAUGAAUGCAACAAUCCAGCCAGGUGGUCGGUCUCCUAAGCCAAUGAGUAGCCCAACAUCAACAUCACAGGCGAAGUCAGUUUCAGAUAGUGUGCAGAACAGUACUUCUUCCUUUCCUUCUCAUGUUAAGGGGAGGAAAAGGGAUAGGGUAGAGCAGGGCUCUGAGCCCAUCAAGCGAGAACGUUCAAUAAAAGUUGAGGAUGGACAUUCUAGUAAUUUUAGGCAUGAUAACAUUUUGAAGACAGAGAUAUCCAAAAUUACAGAAAAGGGAGGGCUUGUUGAUGCUGAAGGAGUCGAAAAGUUUGUGCAGCUGAUAGUUCGUGAUAGAAAUGAAAAGAAGAUAGAUUUAGCUAGCCGGUCAUUGCUUGCAGCAGUUAUUGCAGCAACAAAUAGACUUGAUUGUCUUAGUCAGUUUGUGCAGCAGAGGGGUUUACCUGUAUUUGAUGAAUGGCUCCAAGAGGUCCAUAAAGGAAAGAACGGUGAUGGUACUGGGUCUAGGGAUGGUGAUAAAUCUGUUGAGGAAUUUCUCACAGUAUUACUUCGGGCACUUGAUAAGGUCCCGGUCAAUCUACAGGCUCUUAAGAUGUGCAACAUCGGUAAAUCUGUGAAUCAUUUGCGAACCCAUAAAAACUUUGAAAUUCAGAGGAAAGCUAGAGGUUUAGUUGACACAUGGAAGAAACGCGUUGAAGCUGAAAUGAACAUAAAGGAUGGAAAGUCUGGUUCUGGUCCCAGUUCCCCCUGUCCUGCCAAGUCACGGGUUGCUGAUGUUGGUCAAGGUGGGAAUAGACAUUCAGGUGUGUCAUCUGAUGUUGCCAUGAAGAGUUCAGUUACACAGAUUUCUACAUCUAAAACUUCUUCCUUGAAGAUUGUCCAGGGUGAGAACACACCUAAAUCUGCAUCAACAUCUGCAUUUCCAGGACAUGCAAAACCAGUGCCUUCGCCUGUAUCUGCAAUUACGAACUUAAAAGAUGGACAGCCCCAGGUUGCCGCUGUCAAUGGCAGUUCCGACAUUCCUAUCGCCAAUGCAAAGGAUGAGAAAAGUAGUAGUUCUAGUCAAUCUCACAACAACAGUCAAUCUUUCAACAACAGUCAAUCUUGUUCUAGUGACCAUGCAAGAACUGGGGGUCUUUCAGGAAAGGAGGAUGCCAGAAGCUCUACUGCAAUGAGUGCAAAUAAGUUAUCAGGCGGCUCUUCACGGCAUCGGAAAUCUAUCAAUGGACUCCUAGGUUCAACUUCAUCCAAAGGGCAAAGGGAAAGUCGGUCAAGUAGGAAGUCCUCCUUGCACAAAAGUUUAACUUCAGAGAGAAAAUCUCAAUCUGGAUUAAUUGAAAAAGCACUUGAUAAAAUUUCUCAUGAAGGGAAUACUCCCAAGCUAAUUGUUAAAAUUCCAAACCAAGGUAGAAGUCCUGCUCAAAGGGCCAGUGCUGGUUCUUUUGAUGAACCUACAAUCAUGAAUAGUAGAGUUGCUUCUCCUGUUCUUUCAGAGCAGCAUGAUCAGUUUGAUCACGGUUUAAAGGAAAAGAGUGACUUUGAUCGAGCCAAUAUUGGCUCUGAUGUUAACACAGAAUCUUGGCAGAGUAAUGAUUUUAAAGAUGUAUUGACUGGCUCUGAUGAAGGCGACGGAUCCCCUGCUGCAGUUACUGAUGAAGAGCACUGUAGGACUGGCAAUGAUUGUAAGAAAACAGAGGAUGUAUCAAAAAUUGCUUCCUUGUCAUCUGGUAAUGGACAAAAAGCUGGGAAUUUGCAGGAUGCUUCUUACAGUUCCAUAAAUGCUUUAAUUGAAGGUGUUAAGUACUCUGAAGCUGAUGAUGUUGGAAUGAAUCUUCUUGCUAGUGUGGCUGCUGGAGAGAUGUUGAAAUCUGAAUUAUCAACUCCAACUGAGUCUCCAGAACGAAAAACUGCUGCUGUUGAACAGUUGUGCACAGGUAACGCUGCAGUUAAGUCCUCUGAAGAAAAUAUUGUGCGGGAUGAAUGCCACUCAAAUAAUGGUCUUGAUGCUGAAAAUAAAAAACAUGGUUCUAUAUCUGGUGAGAUGAAUAAUGGUAAUGAUUUUGAUUGUCCGGCAUCUGAAGGAAAGGCUGUAGGUGAGCCAGAUAAGCCUGUUAAUGCUCAUAGUAAGGAUUUGCAACAGGUUACAGAAACUAUUCAAACUGGAUUAGAAAGAAAAGGAAUAUCAUUUGAAAAGCCUGUUCCUGCUUCACUGCGUGCAGUUCCUAAAUUGCAAGAAGCUAGGGAUGGUAACUGUAGUAAGCACCCCCGGGAAGAGGUUGUGAGAGGAGUGAAUGCUGGUGAAACUCUUGGUAUGGAGAUAAGUAGUGUUGCUGGAGUUGAGGCGGAAGCAAUUGACAAAUUGUUACACACGUCUGUGGAAGUGGAUGUAAAUGGUGAUUGCAGGGCUGAACGGUCAGGAGUUGACAGACUGAUGACUCAAAAUUCUCCCACUGUUCACAGACAAUCCGAUUCAGCUAGAGGAACAGAUGAUGAUGUACUCCUUUCUCGCGGUGUUGAUAAAGUUCCUGAAGAUUUCAAUGAACGAGAGCAUGGAAAAAAUGGCGAUAUUGCUGCCGAGAACCAUGCUAAUGAGGAUAAAAUGCUAAGAACUGAGUGUGAACAUGUUGUCUUGGCUAUGCCUGCGAAAAGUGGUUUGUGUUCUAGUGCAACUGAUUUUGCUGCUGAACGUGUGGAGGAAAAUUCAGAUAUAAAAGAGGUUCAUGACCAAGAUGCUGGACAGAGGCUUCACAAAGCUUCAUCUAGCUUUCAUUCACAAGAAAUGGAUAAGAAACUGGAUUCUAAAGGAUCAAAACUGAAUGCCAUUGAAGCAGAAGAGGCUGAGGAGUGCACCUCUACCACAGCAGACGCUUCUUCCAUGUCUGCUGCUGCUGCUGUGUCAGAUGCAGAUGCAAAGGUUGAAUUUGACUUAAAUGAGGGGUUCGGUGCUGAUGAGGGAAAGCGUUGUGAGUUAAACAGCAUUGCCACAUCUGGGAGUGCACCUUCUGUUCGAUUAAUCAGUCCUGUACCAUUUUCUGCUUCAUCUUUGUCUUAUAGUAUUCCUGCAUCAAUCACUGUGGCUGCUGCUGCAAAGGGCCCCUUUAUGCUGCCUGAGAAUUUAUUGAGAAGUAAAGGGGAACUUGGUUGGAAAGGGUCAGCUGCUACUAGUGCAUUCCGGCCAGCCGAGCCCAGGAAAGUUAUGGAAACUCCUCUUGUUACACUAACCACCCCUAAUCCUGAUACUGCCGCGGGAAAGCAGAGUCGACUGCCAUUAGAUAUUGACUUGAAUGUGGCCGAUGAAAGAAUACUAGAUGAUAUUUCAUCUCCAUCUUGUGCUCGUUACAUGAAUAUUGCAUCUCUUGAAGCCAAUGAUUACAAUCCAGUAUGCAGUAAGAUGGCCUCACCUAUUCGGUGUUCUGGUGGUCUUGGACUUGACUUAAACCUAAUGGAUGAAGCUUCUGAUAUCGGUAAUUGUUCCGCAAGCAGUAGUUAUAAGAUAGAUGUACCUCUAAUGCAGGUGAAAACAUCAUUGAGUGGCCGUUCAAAUAGAGAAGUGAGUGCCCACAGGGACUUUGAUUUGAAUAAUGGACCUUCAGUUGAUGAAAUCACCACUGAACCAUUGCUGCUCUCUCAGCAUGCCAGGAGCAGUGUGCUAGCGCAACCAUCUGUUUCUGGACUAAGGAUGAGUACUGCCGAGCUAGGUAACUUUUCUUCAUGGCUUCCUUCCAGUGGCAACACCUAUUCUGCUGUCACGAUAUCUUCAAUCAUGCCUGAUAGAGGGGAUCAGCCCUUUUCAAUUGUUGCCCCUAAUGGAUCACAAAGAUUGUUGAGUCCUGCCACUAGUGGCAACCCAUUUGGAACUGAUAUUUAUAGGGGGCCAGUAUUGUCAUCUUCUCGAGCAAUGGCAUAUCCAUCUGCUCCAUUUGAAUACCCUGUUUUCCCUUUUAAUUCCAGCUUUCCUCUUCCAUCAUCGUCAUUUUCUGCUGGAUCAACUACCUUUGUGUAUCCAACAUCAGGCAGUCGACCUUGCUUCCCUGCGGUAAAUUCACAGAUAAUGGGGCCUGCCAGUACAGUUUCAUCCCAUUAUCCCAGGCCUUAUGCUGUUGGCCUUCCAGAAGGUAGCAGUAGUACUAGUGUUGAGAUUAGUAGGAAAUGGGCAAAACAGGGCUUAGAUCUUAAUGCUGGACCUGGAGGUUUAGACAUAGAGGGGAGAGAUGAAAUCUCACCUCUUGGAUCAAGGCAACUCUCUGUUGCCAGUUUGCAGGUCCUAGCCGAGGAGCAUGCAAGGAUCCAUCUGGCUGGUAGUGUCCUUAAGAGGAAGGAGCCUGAUGGUGGGUGGGAUGGUCACACCAAACAUUCCUCAUGGCAAUAG